UAGGAGAAUUUUAAGCGCACAGACUGCGUGUUUCUAAUUUUAAAAGCGAGCAUAAUUCGUUUGACGCUUUUCCAAGUUUCGAAUGUUUCGAAUUUUCCUCGUCAUAGGUAGGUGUGCUAUAUGUGUGCAGCGUACGUCGUUACCUUCGUAGCCUCCACGCCGCACGCAAACCUCGACACGGCCACGACUACCAGCGGCCAACUCAGCCACCUCCUGCGCUUUGCGCCCAGCCCCGCGAUACGUCUCGUGAACACCGCUGCGACAGCGUCAACGCGCGCGCGUUCUCUGCCACGAUGGCGACUCCGCCGACGCAGCGCAGCAACUCCACGCCGCAAAUCGCCGUCGAGGCCGCACAGCCCCAAGGAGGGCCCCCAGCACCGCCGCCGGCGGUCGUUAUGGAUAUCGGCAAGCCACCGAGCGAAAACUCGCCACGUAAUCCACAACUCGGAGAGAUUGCAAUUGAAGCUUCACAGAUCGUCAGCCGGCUGGAACAGAUUGCUGUAGGGGGCAGUGCAAACGACGGCGUCUUCAACCAGCCUACUGUGUUUUUAGGCCUGGAUCAAAAGCAAGGCAAUGAGAUUAUUCAAACUAUUCAAACCCUGGUUGCCACUGAUGAGGAUGGUGAGCCCACUGCCUUGCCAGCACUUGAUGACAUUGCUAAACUUGUCAUCACCUCACACAGUUUGGCUGCAUACUGUGGCAACUUGGAUAGAAUGGUAUUACAAAAAUUAAGCACAAGGUUUACUACAGAUACUACAAGAUGGUUGAGUCAAAUGUUUGGUUUUCUGGACUCUUCUGCAUAUUACCACGAAGACCAACUGGAAGGCCUCGUACGCAUAACGCGCAUGAUUCUGCACUACAAAUAUCCGCGAUAUUUGGAAGACGGCGCGCUGGCGUACACCGCAGCUCCGCCAACGAUUUACAGCAGUGUGGCAAGUCCCCUGGGAGUGGUGCAACAUUUAUGUCGGCAAUUAGAAUUGCCGCUGUCUUGCGUAAGGCCCGUCCCAGUGCACACGCAUUUCGGUUCACAGUAUACGAUGGAUUGCACGGCGCUGCAAAAAAUGCUCACCGAGGAUAUGAACGCCGGGCGUACGCCGCUCAUCGUCAUCGCCGACGUCGGCACGCCAAUCACCGGACACUUGGACAACAUCCCACGCAUUCAGGAGCUGUGCAAGUGUCACGAUAUUUGGCUGCAUUUGCGCGGACACAGUCUGGCCGCGCUUGUCUUACCACUACAACAACCCAACGGACAUCAACCGGCGAUCGCGGACAGUUUUACGUUGCCUUUGGGAAGUUGGCUCGGUCUACCAGGCUUACCAAUGAUCACUUUGUAUCGAUUAUGGGAGAAACAAAACCCCACCGGAGCUCGAAAUCGUCAGGUUGGCUCAACGCGUGAGAGCACGCUGCCCCUGAUCGCAGGGUUAACGAAUGAUCAUCAGGGCAGGCGAAUAGUGUCGCUGCCCCUGUGGGUUGCACUGCAGGCGUUGGGUCGUGAAGGUCUACACGCGAAAAUUCGCGAUAAUUUCCUCGCUAGCGAGAGGCUUUGGGCGGCGAUCGAUUGUUAUCGCCAAGUUCGAGUUUUAAGUCAAAAACCCGGUGGAGAGAGUGGCACAUACACAGUGUCCGAGUUGAUCUCGAAGGCAAGCACCGUACCCAUCCUGUUCGAGACCACCGCAUGCAGCGUCGUCUUUCAAUUCAUACCCGAAGCGAAGGAGGGCGAGGUGAUCACGCGUGUUCCGCAAUACUAUGAUAAGUUGAACUCGUGGCUGGGACAAAUUCUGCAAUUGGACGCGCCGCAGGUACCGAUCGAUAUCUGCGAACUGGAAAACAUCGGCGUGGUGCUGCGUUUCUGCCCGUUUGAGUACGCGAUCGGGCAGCAGCCGACCGCCGCGGACAUCGAGCAAUUCGUGCAGUGUUUGGAGCAGCAGUUGAUUAUCCUCCGCGCGACCAUCCAGCACAAACACACGUUCCUGAAGCUUAUUGAGGCAUCACCUGUCUUGCGAGUAGUGGAACUACCCGAAUGGGCAGGAUUGGGCGGUGUGAGAUACGCGCCGGAAGGCUGGGAGGAGUUGCUCACCGACCAGGCGAAGGAGGAGCUCAACAAUUUAAACAUGGCGCUGGUGGAUUCCCUGCGCUCGACAGAUUCGGCGUUUUCGCUUGGCGAGGGCACUGAUGGAUUGAUGUGUGUUCGUUUUGGCAUGCUCACACCUCAAUCGGAAGUGGAGGAGUUGAUCAAUCUGGUUAUUCGAGUCGGGCAGAGCGUAGAGGAGAACUCCCGGGUGUUGGAUUCGAUGAGUGAAAUAGUCAAACGAGGCAUUGAAACAGCGACAUUGGAUCUUCAGAAAGAGAACGAGGAGAAGCUAUGGCAGGAAGGCAUCCUGCGGCAGGUACCUGUUGUGGGCACAUUUAUGAAUUGGUGGGCGCCGAAGACGAAGGAGACAGGAGUGCGAGGUAGGAGCCUUAAUUUAACACAGGGCGUCGUUGAGUCCACCGAAAACAUCUACAGAUACCACAUGCAGAUGCACGGAGGAGGAAAUUUACAAAGUGGUGUGAAGAGUCCGCCCACGCCGCAGAUUCAAACACCAGUUGGUGGCAGUCACUCGCGAUCGAGUAGCCACGCCUCAAGUCAGGGCAGCACCCUAAAUCAAGGCGUCCCGCCACCACCUCCGCCGGCCGCCGACAACCCCGGCCCACCCUUAAUCCCACUUUAAUUUCAUUCUUCAACAAAUCAAGUUAUUAUCGUUUACUGUGAUAAGUCACUAAUCAAGUUUAAUGUAUUACUACUUACCGCUUAGUUUGUGUUUGGCCGCUAGCGGCUAUUUUAGAGAAUACAAGGCAGGGCCGUUUAAAAAACACGAGAAACCGAUGCCGGAUGCAUUUUCGUCACACGCUGUGAGGAUGGGACACACCAAAGAGAAGACACGCAUAGCGUCUCGCAUCUGUACUACAGAAUGUAUUUGUAUUAAAACCAUCUAGUUUGUUCUUGUAAAAUAUUUCGUAAUAAGAUCUAAGGCAAGCCCGUUGGUCCAGCCGAAA